AUGUCUCCUCAGAGUAUCACCAGCGCUCCUUUGCCAAGCAGUACGCAGAUACGCUCCUUGCUGCCAACGAAUACACGGCACAACCUCACGAAAGGGGUCGCAGUUCCAACUUGGCUGGUAGACAAUACAAAACUUCCGGGAUCAAAACAACAGCCCUUCGUCCUCCUUCGCCUUCGUUAUGAUAACACGAGCCUUUGGACAGCUGAAGUUGGAGAAGUAUACAAGUACAUCACGACAGCAUAUCUGUUGCUGAUCACCAUACUGCCCGAUUCUUCUGAUCUGGCUACCCAGGAUCAGCCAUCACCGAAUCGGCUCCACCGGUUUUACUCCCUGCACAUUGCCAGCGAAAUAUGGUUCAUCAGGAUAUACGAUGUCUGGCUCUCCUGGAUACCCGGGCUCUCCCUGCUGUGGCUGAUGCCAGCACGCUCUGGUGUGCAUCGCUCACCAUGCACGAACGACUCCAACCCUGGCUCCUCGAAUCCGCAGACAAUCCAGAAAGAGUACACAGGGGCGCUUGAGAGAGGAUUAGUCAAGCAAAGAGUCAGAGGAAAGGGAAUCCGAGACAUACGCAAGCCCUACAAUGGCACCAAGAAAGAGAGGGACACGCAUUUCGAUACUGGCGAAAAAGCUUGA